AUGUCUUCUUCAACACACGCCCUGUUACCGGGCAGCAAAAAAGACGAAAAAGGGCGAAAUAUUCAGGUUGUCGUACGAUGCAGACCUUUCAACACAGUGGAACGCAAGUCUGCUUCUUAUGGAGUUGUGGACUGCGACCAGAGCAGGAAAGAGGUGACUGUGCGAACAGGAGGAGUUACAGACAAGGCAGCUAGAAAAACGUACACUUUUGACAUGGUGUUUGGUCCCUCAGCAAAACAGAUUGAGGUAUACAGGAGUGUUGUUUGCCCCAUCUUGGAUGAAGUCAUCAUGGGUUAUAACUGUACAAUUUUUGCAUAUGGACAAACUGGAACAGGGAAAACAUUUACAAUGGAAGGAGAGAGGUCACCCAAUGAAGAAUUCACAUGGGAGGAGGACCCCCUGGCUGGUAUCAUUCCACGUACCCUUCAUCAGAUUUUUGAGAAGUUGUCAGCUAAUGGGACUGAGUUCUCAGUGAAGGUGUCUCUGCUGGAGAUCUAUAACGAAGAGCUGUUUGACCUGCUGAGUCCUUCUCCUGAUGUCACCGAGCGCCUGCAGCUGUUUGAUGACCCAAGAAACAAGAGAGGAGUGAUCAUUAAGGGUCUUGAAGAGAUCACAGUACACAACAAGAAUGAAGUUUAUCAGAUUCUGGAGAGAGGGGCUGCUAAGAGGAAGACUGCGUCCACGCUUAUGAAUGCAUACUCUAGCCGUUCCCACUCUGUGUUCUCUGUGACUAUUCACAUGAAGGAGAUUACUCUGGAUGGGGAGGAGCUGGUGAAGAUUGGGAAACUCAACCUGGUUGAUCUUGCAGGCAGUGAAAACAUUGGGCGUUCAGGUGCUGUGGAUAAGCGUGCGCGAGAGGCAGGCAGCAUAAACCAGUCUCUGUUGACACUGGGCAGAGUGAUCACUGCAUUGGUAGAGAGGGGACCUCACAUCCCUUACAGGGAAUCCAAACUCACCCGUAUCCUCCAGGACUCACUGGGAGGACGAACCAAGACCUCAAUCAUCGCAACCAUCUCCCCUGCAUCAAUUAAUCUAGAGGAAACUCUGAGCACGCUGGACUACGCUAACAGAGCCAAGAACAUCAUGAACAAGCCUGAGGUCAACCAGAAACUGACCAAGAGGACAUUGAUCAAGGAAUACACAGAGGAGAUUGAACGUCUGAAGCGUGACUUGGCUGCCACACGUGACAAACAUGGAGUUUACCUUUCCCCUGAAAACUACGAGAGCAUGAACAGUAAGCUGGUGUCUCAGGAAGAGCAGAUCACAGAGUAUACAGAGAAAAUCACUGCCAUGGAGGAGGAACUAAAGAGGGUGACGGAGCUGUUCUCAGACAGUAAGCAGAAACUGGACCAGUGCACUGAGGAUCUGCAGGUAAAAAGCCAGCAUCUGGAGGAGGCUCAUAAGGAUCUGCAGGAGACCAGACACAAACUCAGCCAAGAGGAGUUCAUCACCACUCAGCUGGAGACCACAGAGGAAGAACUCUACACCACUGCAGACCAGCUCCUGAGCACAGCGGAGAUUAGCACACAGGAUGUCAGCGGCCUGCAUGCCAAGCUGCAGCGGAAGCGUGAGGUGGAGCAGCACAACAGCGAGGUGCAGCAAAGCUUCGCCCAGCGCAUGGAGCAGAGUUACUGCACCAUGCAGGACGCCCUGCAGCAGCACGGCAGAAAGCACCAGCGCAUCAUGGACUUCUACCGCAACUCAGUAGCUCACAUCCUGAGUAAGAAUGAUGCAGCCUUUAAGGAGGCCCACACUGCAGUAGCGUCAACGUACAGCGGCGUGAAGGACCUGGUGGAAGCUGCUGUGACUGAGUGCAAAGGCAGGAUGUUGGAGCAGGAGUCCCUGAGUGUGGAGGCCAAAAACAGCAUGACUCACUUGCUGGAAGAACACAAACUCCAUUUAGAGGAGGUUCUGGUCGCCCAGGUGUUGCCAGGGAUCCAGGCUGUCAUGACGAUUUGUGAUAGCCAGAGACAAACCUUACAGCGCUAUCACACACUGACUGAGAGGAUGGAGGCUUUAAAAGGAGAGAUGUCUGCGUUUUGUUCCUCUCAGGCUAAGGCUUUAGCCGGUAUGAGAGAUACGGCCAUGGAAGGUUUCAGCUCGCUGCAGGCAAAACAACAGAACCUCAGUGAGCAAAUCAGCCAGGUCAAUCAGACACACCAAAAGAGUAUAGCCCAGCUGAUGCAGUGCUUACAGGACCAGAUGAACCUCCUGGCCAUGGAGUCCCAGAGUAAUUUUGAUGGCCUGCUGAAAGCAUCCAGUGCCCUGAGGGCUCCACUGGACUCACUGCAGAACACAAUUCAGAGUAAAUGCUCAGAGGUAGAACAGGAGUCGUCAUCCAUGGGUCCUCGUCUGGGCUCUUCUGUGGAUGGGCUGAUAACGGAGAUGCACACCGUGGCGGAGGAGGAGACGAAAAUGCUAGAUGAAUGUUCUGGAUACUGUAACCACUUGCAAAGUUCCCUGACCACGCUGGCUGACUCUGCUAUUCAGUGGUGCCAGGGUGCCCGAGACUCGGCUGAAAAAAAUGCCCAAGACCAGCUCACCCUCAUGCAGAAAAACACAGACACACUGAAGAGCUUACAACAGAAUGUGGAGGCCAGUGGAGAAGCUUUAGUGCUGAGCUCCAGGAAGCAUCUGUCUGUGCAGCAGGAGGAGGUGGAAAAGACCCUGAAGGGUGUGGCAGAGCAGACAGGCAAAGAUGAGGCCACCCUGCAGCUCCAAAGGGAGGAGCUCUCUGCUCAUGCCACCUCUGCUCUUGAAGCGGUUCACAGCUUCCUAGAGGAGGAGCUUAAGCAGGAUAUACCAACUGGUACAACGCCUCAGCGUAAAGAGUACACCUACCCACGUGUUCUGAAAAAAAGCCGGAGCCGUAAUGAGCUGAUGGCGGAGUUCCACAUGCAGCAGGAGCAAGUACUGCCCAGUCAGUGUGAGAUCCUUCCUGAGGCAGAGGAGGAGAAGCUUCUGGACCAGGACUCUCUGGAAGAUGAAGGCACUAGCUCCAUUGACAGUAAUAUCACAGAACCGUCAUAUGUGGACGAGAACCUCAUGUGCUAUGAAAAUGGAAGGGUUCCCUUUUUUAAGAAGGUCAACAAGAAAGAGAAAUCUCUCAACCGCUCAAAAGUGACAGAGAAUGAGGGGUUUUCUACGCCGCCUCGCUCCAAGCUGCCUCUCAGAAGUCAGAAUUAA